AUGUCUCACGAUAGCGCUCAGCCAGACAAAAUAUCCGGAGGCUGUUUAUGUCAAUCCAUCAAGUACGAGAUUGUGUUUGACAAGAACACACCAUGGCCACCGCCAUCGGCAACAUGUCAAUGCACCAUGUGCCGUAAAUGGACAGCCAGCCUCCUAACCCAAUUCAUGGUUAUUGCGCCUGAACAGAUCGUCCCGCCAUUAUCAUCAUUUGCCGCAUAUAAAGAAUGCUCGUCCUCGCCCCGGCGAUUCCGAGGCUUUUGCGGUAACUGUGGGAGUCCAUUGAUAUGGCGGUCUGAGGAUAAAACAGAUACUUUGGAUCUUUAUCUCGGGACUAUAGACGAGCGAUGGUUGGUUGGGCAGAGGGUGGAAGGAUCGGAGAAGAAGACCAAACAUGGAGUCACGGUUGAAAGGGUGGGAUCCCUUGGGAAGGAGUUGUGCACUCCGUCUGAGUUCCAGUUCUAUUGUGAGAACGCCAUUCCUGGCGUCACGGAUUUGGUUCCGGGUGGUCGGAAGUUCCUGGUAGAGAACACGGACGGGGUGGAAGAACUUGAUAGUUGA